CUUGGAGUAGCCUCCCUUAGCCGGUAUUCUCCAAAAUUUGCCAGCGGAAAAAAAAAAUCGUAAGAAAAUAUUAUGGUCAGUAGAUGCUGGCUUACACAUAAAACAUUAGUGCUUGCUAAUGGAUAGGAGAAAUCCAGAAAGUCGUCCACUCUUCAAUCUUGAAGAAGUGUUGUCAUGGGAACCAGGUCAAGAUGAAAUUUGUGUUGCUAGAAUACCAAAGCGACAAAGGAAAGAACAAGAUACACCAAAAUUACUUGUUUGUCAUGACUAUAAAGGAGGUUACCUUGAAGACAGGCUUGUACAAGGUUGCGGUCGACCAAAUGCCUAUCGUUUCUACCACUGGCAAUAUGUGGACACGUUUGUUUACUUCAGUCAUUAUUUUGUGACAAUACCCCCUCCAGCUUGGACUAAUGCUGGGCACCGGCAUGGAGUUAGUGUAUUGGGAACUGUGAUUACAGAAUGGGAUGAUGGGAAGGCUCGGUGCGAGGCAUUUCUCAAGUCCGAAGACUCCUAUAAAAAGUUCGCUGAUCAGCUUGUACAAAUUGCAAAAUAUUACAGAUUUGAUGGCUGGCUCAUCAACAUUGAAAAUAAAAUAGAGACUGAAGAACUGGUGGCAAACUUAAUAGGUUUUGUGGAAUAUUUAACAAAGGAGCAGCACAAACAUAUGCCGGGGUCACAGGUUCUCUGGUAUGACAGUGUCCUCAACACGGGAGAACUGGACUGGCAAAAUGCUCUCAAUGACAAAAACAGACAAUAUUUUGAUGGCUGUGAUGGGAUUUUCCUGAAUUAUUGCUGGAAAGAGGAUCAUCUUGAAAAAUCAAAAUCAACAGCUGUCGAAGCUAAAAGACCAUAUGAUGUAUAUGUGGGAAUUGAUGUAUUUGGUAGGGGUUGCCUUGGUGAUGGGGGCUUCAACACGAGAGAGGCAUUGGAAGCAGCAAGAAAGUACAAUCUGUCUGUAGCAAUAUUCGCCCCAGGAUGGGUCCUAGAGACACAGGGAGUGGAAAACUUCACACAGAAUGAAAACAAAUUUUGGAGUUUGCUGCAUGAUUUGUGUUACCCAUGUAGUUACACGACGCUCCCAAUCAGUACAACAUUCUGUCAAGGAUUCGGGGAAAGAUUCUUCGAUAAUGGUGUUCCUGUUGGUAAUCCCUGGUGGAAUAUGAACGUGCAGCAGCUGCAACCUACCUUCACACAAUCACAGUUCACCAAAACACAGUUACCAGAUACUCAGACUGAUUCUCAAGUAGAUGAAAAAAAUACAAACCAGUCUGCUGAAUCAAACAGUCAGUCUGGUGUGCAAAUUUUAAACCAGUCAAGCAAGUCGUCUGCACCUGUGAUCUUAAAAGGGUGGAAUCAGGCUAACCAAACACUUGAUCAAAUGGAACAGGAACCAGUGAUGGAUAUAUGUACAGAUGACGCUUUUAUAGGUGGCUCAUGUAUAAGACUGGAAGCAGAUGUUGUACACAGCAAAUUUACCAAAUACAGUCUUUUCUCCCUCGAUGUGGAUCUAAAGCAGUACACCUCUGUGUAUGUAUCAGUGACUUACAAGAUUCUUCAGGAUCCAGACUGUGAUAUUUUUCUAGAACUUCAUCUUCAACAUGAUGACCAGUCUAUUGUGCUGGUUCUUCUGCCUUUUCCUGAUGGAGAUAAGCCGGUUCCCACUUACGGCAAGGACAAAGCUUGUAUGUAUGUACAUGCCAUCAGUCAGUCCAGCCUGCCUAAAUUAUUGUCCCUAUCAUGUCCACAGUCAAACAACACAAGAUGGAAAACAAGGAUGUUUCCAGUAUACAGUUUGUAUUUAAAAUUCUGCAAAUUGAAACUGGUAAAAGUUGGCCUAACAACAACUGAUCCCCAGCCAAAGAAAUGUAUAGCUUUAUUAGGAGAUCUCAAGAUAUUACCAGGUGAUGGUUUGCCGGAAGCAUUCCCAUGUGCUGACUGUAUCUCAGUGAAACCAGACACUUCUACCUCAUACCCACUUAUUGAUGUGGCCAAAAACAGCUUCCAGUCUGACAAAGAUGAUUGUGAGAAAAAUCCAAAUUCUGUGGAAUGGGGAGUUGAUGCAUAUGGCAAUCCAAUCAACAUCCCGUACAACGAGUUAGACAAGAUGCGCGUUUCCUGUCACACACUACGGGAGUUCCGUCCUGGCAUCGGUGGCCAGCUUUGUGAGGUUCUCUACCAGCUCAUAACCAGUCUUGAUUGUUUCACGCUUCACUGGAAAGCCGAAAGUCCCGACAUAAUCGAUCAUUAUCGAGUUUAUCAGAUUAAAAUUGACUCUGGGGUCGCGAAACUUCUCGGACAUGUUACAGAACCAUACUUUAAGGUGACAUGGUUCGAAAUUCCAGACUACGAAAAGGAUGAAUUGACUCAUCAUUUUAAGUUUGUAAUUCGCCCAGUUUUGAAAAAUGGUAUAGCAGUGCCUCUUGAUUAUAAUUAUUGUAAACUUUUCCAUGUUGCUUCCAAAAAGGAGACAGCCAUGCUCAUAAAAGACUCGUGCACUGAAAUGCCUGAAGGAAAUAAUCAAGAUGGCGAAAUGUCAAGUGAUAUUGGGGGAAGCGUGAAGGAAGAACACACAUGUGAUGGUGAAAAUUGUGAAGCAGACGGUACAGAUGAAGAAGGAAAAAGUGGAAAAACACAAAAUGCAGACAAUAUAGAAAACCUAACUCAACAGCUUCACAUAUCAGAUGAAUGAAGUUCUGGUAGUGUUUUAGUACAUUGUAUUAUAUUGAAUUGUAAAUGAAAUUGAAUCAUCAUAAUGAGACGCACCAUGAGAAAACCAACAUAGUGUGUUUGCGACCAGCAUGGAUCCAGACCAGGCUGCGCAUCCACGCAGUCUGGUCAAGAUCCUUGCUGUUCGCUUUCAAAGCUUAUUGCAAUUAGAGAAACCGUUAGCAAACAGCAUGGAUCCUGACAAGGAUGCGCAGGCUGGUCUGGGUCUAUGCUGGUCGCAAAUGCACUGUGUUGAUUUUGUCAUGGUGCGGCUCAGUUUUAUCAGAAUGGUAUCUUUUUAAAGUAGCAUACCUGCAGAUUUUUUCAGUGUGUUUUUGGUUGACAGGGAAAACAUGUUAUUUUAUCAACUGUAAGUUAAAUGUGACAAUACUGAAAUUCUGUGAUAUCAGUUGUUUUGAAAAGUGUGGAAUAAGUUUGUAAAAUAUGUGGAGAAGCUGAUAAGCACUUUUUUUCUGAAUUAUCAUUAAUUUUAAUCAGGAUAUAAGUUGUAAUCAUGUUGUAAAACAGUAAGAUUUUACCUGUAAUUUGCAGCUUACAAUGAAAAUAUCAACUUCAGGUCCAUUUACCAUUAUCAUAAAUGAUUAAGAGACAUUUCUAUCUAUUUUGAGUAUAAUGGUAGACAGAUUGGGGUAAACAUGUUCCAGUAUUCUUACAAGUAGGCUUCCAUUUCAAUCCGAGGUGUCAAAGUUAAGCACUUAUUGGUAAGCAGUUUUCAGUCAGUAUAGCAGUAUAUUUUAGAAAUGGCUUUUUAAAGUGCUAAUUCCCAAUGAAUUAAUAAUUUGCUAAAUGAUUAAUGACUACUUUCACUAAAAGUACCAAUGGCAUUUAUAGCAGACAUCCUUCACUAUUAACCUGGUAGUGAUAAAACUCUGGCUCUCUGGAGGUCAGCCAUUUAUUACCCAGGAUGCUGUUCAUAGUGACGCUAGAUCACUCAGUUAGAAAGGUUACUUAAUAUUUAUAGGGAUUAUUGCCAGAAAUUAACUGCGAAAAAAUAGUUCUGCCUCAGUUUAAAGCAAAAAUCACCUAAGUGAAACAUGGACAGUGGUUACAUUUUCCAUUCCUGGUCAUAUUUAGGACAUAUACUUGAGAAUAAACAACUUGUUGUAACAUAAAGUUUUUUGUGUACUGCUCAGUACAGUUUUUUGUUUGUUUGUUUUUUAACCAAAACUCAUUUCUGGUGUGCAAGAACAACAUAGUGCAGACAUAGUGCAGACAUCAUGACUGUUAAAAAAACGACAAAAUAUUUGGUUGGUUUGUUGGCAUCAGUUAUUAGCCUGAGUUUACAUUUUAGUUUUGCAUUUUAGAUAUGUAAAACACUGCUUUUUCUGUAGAUAUUAACAAAGAAAUCUAAAUGUUGAUAUAUAUGAACAGAUUUUAGAAUUGUUAUAUUUUGAGUAUCUAGUUAAAUGGCAGUUAAGGCUUUAUUCUGAAUAAUUGUUAGCUGACAAAAUUAAUUGAGAGCUGUGGAACAUGAUGAAUAUAGGAAAAGUUGGCACAUGUUUGAAAGUAGAAAAUAUGUGCCACAUGAUGUUGCAACAUGAAAUAAAGUUGGGCAUUGUGCUCACUGCUUCAAGUAGACACUGUCACUUAUGACUGUAAAAUUAUGGAAAAAGAUGCUUUACCCGAACACACACAUGCUAAAUUAAUGGUGGAAUGAUACUUUGAAGAAAGGUGAUGAUAUGGUAAUGAUGAUUGAAGAAGUGUCACAGGAUGAUGAUAGAAAAAUGUCCCAUGAUGAUGAUAUAAGUUACACAUGAUUAGAAUAAAUGAAGAAAGUGACAUUUAAUGAUAGAAAAAAGUGGUGAUAGGAAAAAAAAUUGCUGGAAAUGUAAAACGUUUAUACACUGUAUAUAAAGGAUAUUUAUAUCUGUAUUUACUGUAUUAUCAUCUCUGAAUAACUUGGAAAUACCUCAGGAUCUAUGAACAUGCUACUAUGUUCCCUGGAAAAUGUAUGCAAUAUAUUUAUUAAAUGUUGUGCAGUGCUCAGUAUAAUAUGUUGUGAAGGAUAUGUGACAGUGUAUAUGAAUGUAUAUAUGAGUCAGAAGAAAUGUGUUUUAAUUGUACAGUGUAUGUUAUGUGGCCGUUUCCUCCAAAAGUGAUUCUUGCUCACUUAAUUGAGACUCGAGUAUUUAGUAUACAAGUAGAUUAUAGUCAGUAUUUGUCAGAAUUUCACAGACAUUAGUCGCAGUGGCUGUAUGUGGUUGCUGCUAGAUGAAAGAUGAACCACUAACGGACUUUUACUAAACUUAAAGAGAUUCUUAAGAUAUUUUGCCUAAAUUUGUUAUUUGAAAAUAUACAGUUACUAUACAAAAUCUACGUAUACAUGCAAUAAUCCUGUUUGUGUGUAUGAUGUUAUUAAACAGUACUGUAUGUUCAGUAUGAAUAUGUAAAGCCUCUUAAAAAAACAUGAAGUAUUUAACAAACAGCUGUUACUAGAUAGCGUUUAAUUGUGAUCCCAGCUCUACAUACACAAUUACUUGAUGUAUUUCACAGAAUUAAAUAUAUUUGAUUAUGAUUAUUGUACCCCCCGACAACAAAGUUGUAAGGGGGGGUAUACUGGUUUCAGGUUGUCUGUCUGUCUGUACGUCUGUCCGAGCUCACAUUUGCAUACUUUGGUGGCUAUAGGAACAAUAGGUAACUGUACUUUUUCUUUGAUGUCAUUCAUUCCGUAAGGCUUUUAUGUGGCUAUUUUUCUCUUACGUGGCUAAAAGAACAAUAGAGAGAACAAAAGAGUAGCCACGUAAGUAUCCAUAUGUAGGAAUGUCCGUAGACGCAAUCUUGUGCGCACCAUCUCUUCUUAUCCCCUUGACAGAAUUUAAUGAAACUUCACACAAGUGAUCAGUACCAACAGUAGUUAUGCAUGGGGCAUGUUAGGUUCUUUUAGAAAAAAAAUUUGCAGAGUUAUGGGACUUUGUUUUUUUGUUACUAUACUACAUGUAUAUACAUAGACACAAUCUUGUGCGCACCAUCUCUCCUCAUCCCCUUGACACAAUUUAAUGAAACUUCACACAAGUGAUCAGUACCAACAGUAGUUGUGCAUGGGGCAUGUUAGGUUCUUUUAGAAAAAUUUUUUGCAGAGUUAUGGGACUUUGUUUUUUUGUUACUAUACUUUAUACAUAGACACAGUCUUGUGCGCACCAUCUCUCCUCAUCCCCUUCACACAAUUUAAUGAAACUUCACACAAGUGAUCAGUAACAACAGUAGUUGUGCAUGGGGCAUGUUAGGUUCUUUCAGCGACAAAAAUUGCACAGUUAUGGGACUUUGUUUCUUGUUAACAUACUAUGUACAUACAGUCUGCAUAUGCAAUCUUGUGCAUGUCUAAUCUACCAAAUCCUUGCACACAAUUUAAUGAAACUUCACACAAGUGGUCAGUACCAACCCUAGUUGUGCAUGGUGCAUGUUACAUUCUUUUAGAUAAAUAUUCUGCAUAGUUAUGGGACUUUGUUUUUUGUUACUAUACUGUAUACAUACAGUCUAUAUACAUACAGUCCACAUAAUUAUGCAAUCUUGUGUGCGUCAAAUUGCAAUGUACUGUGUCAGUGCACGCGGGGGGUACAUUCAUCACCUUUAGUGAUAGCUCUAGUUUAGAUUUAUCUCGAUACAUAAUCAUAAAAUAUUUUAGUGAAGAUAGGCUUAUUAUAUCUCUGUUGCUUUUGUUUAAGUCUUGCUGUAUAAAUAUUCUGAAUAAAAUAGCUAAUCCACAAUUUAUUAUGCCAGUUUCUUAAAAAUUACUGAAAGUACUGUCUUGAAUGUAAACCUAUAACAAUACGUUGUUGAUAACAUUUCAACAAAAUCAAAACAAAGGCAUCAUAUAAAUAUACUCAUUUUAUGAUUUCAACCGAUUUUUGGAAUGUCACAAUAAAAUACACAAAAAUGUCUAGAAUUUUCUAUAAACCAAUGAAAAAUGUUGAGGGAGAAAACAAAAUAAUGUCAUUUUCCUGCUCUAUCGAAAAAAGAAUGUUUAAUUUUGAUAUUUAUAUGAUAUUUAUCCAUAUUUCAGUAAAAAACAGAAACUACCCCACCAUAUUCCUAUAAAAUUGUAUUAAUCCCUUUUCUAGAAAUAACAUGUAUGGGUAUUUUUGCGACUUUUGAAAAAUGAGGUUUAGUAGUAAAAUGAAUAAAUCUCAUCUUUGCGUGACUCCAUAUAUAUGUUUAUUUUUUUCAUGCGGAUCUAAAAAUAAUCUUAAUUUAAAAAAAGGACUUAUAGUAAUUUUGGCAAAAUAGCAAAUGGUGGUUACCUAUUUUUGUUCUGUAUAGAUCAGAUGUCAGGUACUGUAAACACUACUUUACUGAUUAACUGAGCCCCUACCAGAAAAUGAAUUUUUUACCAAAUUUAUUUAUAUCUGUACAUGUACAUUAUGUUUCUGUGCGUAUGUGUGUAAAGGAUGGCUCCAUUAUUAUUGCAAUAAAGUGUCCAGAUUA